CAUUCUUGGACUUACGUGGACACGAUGAACUUGUUCGGACGGAAGGCACCCGCGCCGGUGCGAACAAGUCCCGCGGAUACGGCAGAGACGAUCCGCAAGCUGAGGGAACAACUAGAUACCCUAGAGAAGCGGGAGGCCCACAUCGAGAAGAAGAUGGAGCUGCAGUUAGACGAGGCCAAGAAGAAAUCGGCCGCGAAAGACAAGCGCGGCGCCAUCUUUUGUUUGAAGCGCAAAAAAAUGUACGAAUCGGAGGUGGAGAAACUGCAGGGCGCGCGCAUGACGUUGGAGACACAAGUCAUGACCCUCGAGUCGACGCAAGUGAACAUGGCGACGUUCACGGCACUCCGCAGCGGCGCGAACCAGAUGAAGGCAAUCCACGGCCAAAUGAACGUGGAUUCCGUCGACGACAUCAUGGACGACAUCCAGGAAGAAAUGGCCACGGCAGAUGAAAUCGGUCGUGCGAUCUCCCAGCCCCUCGGGAAUGCCUUGUACGACGAAGACGAACUGGAACAGCAGUUGAGGGAAUUGGACGACCUGGCCAUGGAGGAACAGUUGGCUGCGUCCCCCGUCGCGGCGCCUGUCCAAGCCCGACCUCAAACUGUCGCCCAGCAGCCUGCGCAAGCUAUGUUCAACCUUCCCGAGGUCCCCACGCAUGCCGUAUCCCAGGUCAAAGUCACGGGCAAAGCCGAUGCCGACGAGCUUGAAGAAUUGCGUCGACUCGAGGCGUCCAUGGCGAUGUAAUGGAUGUCAAUGCGACACAUAUUUGCUUUUACUUCAUGCCCUUUUGAUGUGCCUUGUACUCGAAGUCGAGUUCUGAACACUAUGCACUGCUUCCCAUUUGCUACAGUAUGCAAUGACCUUCGAACGAGGAAAGGGCUCGCACGAUCGUCGGCGUAUCCCCCCUGCAUGACCUUCAUAAGGACACCACCGCGGGAUGUUGUGUGUGCUCCUGCCUCCGCGCACUUUUCUUAAUGCAUGCUUGUGUCUCUCCUCGAGUAGACUUCACAGGACUGAAACUCCCCUACUGAGA